AACCCCUAACAUAGUGCUGCUCUUUUACCUUUUUUUGCGCGGGGGUCAUACGCUGCUUGCCUACCGUGGAUAUCAUUUUCCUCUGAUAAUCUUAUUGUGACCCGUAGCGUUCAGCAGCUAUCCUGUACCUAAUAUUGUUGUUCUUUCACUGCUAUGACUCUACAGAUGAACGACUCUUUGGGGACUUUAGGUGUAACAUUACUGGAAACGACCUCUCCCUGCUGACUGACUGUUUUUAUGUUAUCUGCAGCACUAAACUCAUGACAGAUCAUUUGUAGUGUAAGUGAUGAGGCUGUUGUAACAUUUCCAGGAGCUCUGUGUUUCCCAUCCUCAGCAGCCUCAUUAUGUGCACAGCUUUUCUCUAGGUUACUGUGCACACACUACAGAAUCUGACUUUCACCACUUGUUUUUUUUUCUUUGCUCCAAAACCCUCCACCAAACAAGUGUCCUGCAUUUGCAGAAAGCCAUGCUGACGCCCUUACCACUUAAAUAAAUAUUUUAGCAUUAGUUGUACAAAUGAAACAUGCAGCAUCUCCCUGACUUACAUUAUGCACACUUGCACGCUGAGACGCGAUUGGCUGCAGCUCAGCGUCUCUCCGUGUGGCAACAAGCCUUCCCCAUCCACCCAGCAACUCCCUAUUCCUCAUGCUGUGGUGAGUCUCUCUGCCUCUGAGGGCCCUUUCUGCAGCAUCCGACGUGGUAACCAUGGCAACGGAGCCUGACCCUGGGCAUGCUUACUACAGGCUUGACCUGGAUUUCUCUCUACAUGCCAGGCAGGAGCGCAUGACUUGGGCAACUGACCCGCUUCUCACAUUGAUUGGCUGUCGAGCAGUGAGAUCAGAGGCGACGAUACGCUGCUUGUUCAACGAAUCAAUGAACUCACUUGUGAUUGGCUUUGUGUCACUGGGUGUCUGAGUAAUGUGUUUGUAAUGUUAACACAUUUGGUAAUGCUGUUCUGGGAGACGAGACGGGUGCUUUGCCAGUUUUUCUAAGAUGAAGACUGGCUUUUCUUUCUUUUCUUUUUUUUUUUCUUUUUUUUUUUGAAUUAAUCUAAUGUGCCAGUAGGUUUAAUCGUUUUGGAUUGUGCACUAAUGCUUGGGGGGAAAAAAGACAUCUGAAGAUGAUUUCUAAUCCGUAUGUGAUGGACCAGCAGAGGGCUCUGCAUUCAGGUUGCCUGGUCUCAGGGGUCCGUACGCCUCCCGUUCGCCGCAACAGCAAGCUGGCCAGUCUGGGACGCAUCUUCAAGCCCUGGAAGUGGAGGAAAAAGAAAAACGAGAAGCUGAAGCCCACAGGAGCGGUGGAGAAGAAGGCAGCUGUACGGCAGAAGAGAGAUGACCUCGUCAGGAGGAACCCCGGGGAGACCGAGACAGAGUCAGAUCUUGCUUGUGGGGGUAACAGUGAGGACCUGGACACCCCCCCUCACUCUGACGGUGAGGACAGAGACGAGGAGCCGGUGGCACCGCUGGCCAACACUAAUGAAGACCUGGGCAGUGAUUUAGAAAGCUCAACAGUACAAGAUGUGACUGAAGUGGCAAAGACAGCAGGUGAUCAGAGUCAGAGUGAAGAUGGAGAAGAUGAAAGCACCUCAAUCAGUGACCCCAGCGAAGAGCAGAUGCAGGGCCAAGCCGAGGGUAUCGAGGGGAAGCAGGAGGCGGCGGUGACCAAGCCUCAGAGACGAGCCAGCACCCCUCCUCCACCCAGCCUGCCUGUCAAACUGCUCACCAGGCUGGGCAGCUUAGAAGGUGCUCCUCCAGUGCCGGUGAAGAAGUCCCCUGCCACCUUACCCAGGAACUUCACUCUGCCCAAAGACCCUCAUGGCUCUCUGUUGAGAGGCAGGAUCUCCACACCCACCGGGUCCCCUCACCUCGGGGCGCUGCACCCACAGCUGCCCCCCAGCUGCAUCAUUGAGGAGCUGCACCGCGCCCUGGCUACCAAACACAGACAGGACAGUUUUCAGAUGAAGGAGGCGCGCUCGUCUCCGAAACGCCGUCCGGAGGGCCGCCUGUCUCGCACGUCCAGCACAGAGAAGGACCCGGCCGGAGAGUCCGAGAGCAAGAAGGAGUCUGACGAGAACAAGGAGAACUGGCGUCUGGAUGAAUACUUGAGCGACCAGGACAGCUGGAACGAGUCUGUGAUCUCCGGGACCCUCCCACGCAGAAUGAAGAAGGAGCUGCUGGCUGUGAAGCUUCGGAACAGGCCCAGCAAGCAGGAGCUGGAGGACCGCAACAUCUUCCCCGUCCGCAGCGAUCAGGAGCGGCAAGAAAUCCGCCAACAGAUAGAGAUGAAGCUGGCCAAGAGACUGAGCCAGAGGCCGGCAGUGGAGGAGCUGGAGAGCCGGAACAUUUUGAAACAGAGAAAUGACCAGACUGAGCAGGAGGAGAGGAGGGAGAUCAAACAGCGGCUGAACAGAAAGUUGAACCAGCGGCCGACGGUAGAUGAGUUGCGGGACAGAAAGAUCCUAAUUCGUUUCAGCGACUAUGUGGAAGUGGCCAAAGCUCAGGACUAUGACAGGAGAGCCGACAAGCCCUGGACCAGACUGUCAGCUGCUGACAAGGCGGCGAUACGGAAGGAGCUGAACGAGUUCAAAAGCAACGAGAUGGAAGUUCAUUCUUCGAGCAAGCAUCUGACAAGGUUCCACCGGCCUUAGCAAGGUUUCUUCUGUGAAGAGUUGCUUAAAUCUGGUUCCGUCAGUGAAGACCUUGCACAAAGUCUUCCAUUGGCCUGCAGCCACUGGGUGUCCUGAUAUUUGGGUCCGUUGAACCUUUGGAGGCUAUGUCUCUAGAAAUGGAUCUGCCAGCAGAAGGACGGGGGGGCAUGCAGCAAGCUCCACUUCUGCUCAGAAGACCAUCUCCUUAACCCUCACUUCACCUUGUCAGCGGAGCAGGAAGAGCUGAGGUUGCGCAUUCGCCAUAAUAAACAAAGCAUUGACUUCUUUUUGUUUUUGUAAACGGACUCUUUUAAAAGACGCUUUUUUUUGACACGGGAGGGGGGGCACGUGCAUGUGACCGAGUCGACCAAUCCCACUCCAGUAUCAGUAGUCACAUCCCCGAGCUGUGUCGGAGUCUCGCUGAUUCAGUUGAUGAUGAUUUUCAUAUCGACAGUGUACAUGUUCUUAAACAGAAACCUUGUCUGUGUACAAGAUGAAAAUCCCUUUGUAAGCACUAUUUAUUGUCUGCACAAUACAGGCUUUCAAAUUUGUAAAAA